AUUCAUGAUUACCUAAUGACUAAUAUAUAAAUAGCAAGAGGGUGGUAUCCGAUGUUUCCAUAACGAAAAUCUAGUUUGAAAGAUGAAGAUGAAAGUUAUUAUUCUUUUCUGUGUUGCUCUCUUUCAAGUCUGUUGUUCUGCAAAUUAUAAUCCUGAUUUCUGUGUAGCAAAUCUAUCCACUCCAUACACUCCUUCAGGCUACCAAUGCAAAGAAAACGUAACAGUCGACGAUUUCGUAUUCUCUAACUUUGCAUCCGGAAAAACAAUAAAGCCUUUCAAUAUUACAUUAACCGUUGCGUCCGUCAAUAAUUUCCCAGGUCUCAAUGGGCUUGAUAUCUCUGCGGCAAGAGUGGAGGUCGGUGUAAAUGGAAGUAUUGCAAUGCACACUCAUCCAGAUGCUUCUGAGUUACUAAUCAUGGUUAAAGGCCAGUUAACAGCUGGAUUUGUGACACCUGAUCAUGCUUAUGUCAAAGAUAUUAAGCCGGGUGAUGUUAUCGCUUUUCCAAAAGGACAGGUGCAUUUUGCAGUUAACUCAGGAAGUGAAGAAGCUGUUGCUUUUGCUGCUUAUAGUAAUUCAAACCCUAGCUUUCAGUUUCUUGAUCAUCUACUCUUUGCAAACGACUUACCAACUUCUACAAUUGCACAGUCAACUUUUCUUGAUAUUUCAGAAAUUAAGAAGCUUAAGACUUUGUUUCGUGGCAGUCGCUACGAAUAUUAAUAUCCACCUCUAGGUUUCUUAUCAAUAAAAUUACUAGCCUACUGUCUUUCCUUUUUACUUAUUAUGUUUUAUGUCAACUUUCAUCUUAAUAAUACAAGAGGAUAUGUAGUCCACUUCUUAUCUCA